AGGGAGAGACUGUGUCAGGACUUCAGUCACCAAAGCUCAGGAAAUCAUGUCGUUCAUUCUUAUGAAGAAAAAGAGAUUUAAGUUUAAAGUUGACUUCGACUUGGAGGAGUUGUCAUCGGUUCCCUUCGUAAACGGAGUUUUAUUCUGUAAAGUCAGACUCCUGGAUGGAGGCUUUGCCGAAGAGUCGUCUCGGGAGCCAGUCCAGGCCAACUGCGUCCACUGGAGGAAGAGAUUCUCUUUCAUGUGUAAGAUGAGUGCCAAUGCUGGGACAGGUGUACUGGACCCCUGUGUGUGCCGGGUGUCUGUGCGCAAGGAAUUGAAGGGUGGAAAAACUUUUGCAAAGCUGGGCUUUGCGGACUUAAACCUGUCUGAGUUUGCCGGGUCUGGCAGCACCACACGACGGUGUCUCCUCGAGGGAUACGACACCAAGAACACCAGACAGGACAACUCAAUUCUGAAGGUUGUCAUCACCACACAACUUAUGUCUGGAGACCCUUGUUUUAAAACUCCCCCAUCAACUGCCAUGACUCUGGGAAUCCCACAGGCUGAAGCAGAGUGUCUCCUUGAAGACAGAAAGGGAGGGGACCUGCACGUAUCCCAUUCACUAACCGAGACUCCAGGAAAGUCUGUAUCAGUUCCAGAGGAGCUGGUAGCGUAUGGUCACUCUAGAACACCCAGCUACGCAAGUCAGCUAUCCAAAAUCUCAGGUUACAGCUCAAAUCACUCCAGUUUAACAGAUCUGUGCCAUCGGAGGAGUGCGUCAGGAGGAUCUGCCUCCACGGGCAUCGGCAGCAUCAUGGAACCCAGUGAUCAGCAGGGGGAGAGCAGGACCACUCCCCCAGUCUCUGCAGCCUGUCACCACGGACCUGAACACCCUUCUACCCCCGCUAAAGUUCCAAGACAUCCCAUAAAGCAGAACUCAGUGGAGAAUCAGCUGAAGAGAGUUGAUGCCACCAGGGUGGAUGCUGAUGACAUAAUAGAAAAAAUCCUGCAGAGCCAGGAUUUCAGCCAUGGCUUCUUGGACUCCAGUGCAGAGGAGGAGGGGCUCAGCCUGUUUGUUGGUCCUGGUGGGAGUACAGCCUUGGGAAGCCAGCACAUGAGGGUCGCAGCUGGAGCCUUUGAGCAGGUGGUGAUCAAGCGCUAGGCUUUGGGAAGCAUGUGCCUGUCAUAAAGGGUGCUGUAUUACACCAAUGCGGGGGACACAAGACAGAGUUGUGGAGGUGCCAUCACAACUUGCUCCAGCCUCACUCCAGGAGAUUUAAUUUCUCUUACACAAUCCCUCUGGAUCUGACCUACAAUGUCUGUUGAGCAGGAGAGCCUCCUAGUGUUGAAGAAGUGGAGGUGACGGCCAUGUUAUUGGAACAUUUUGUGACUGAGAAUACUGGUGUACUGACAUUUUUGUUGGUCCUCUAUGAAAACUGUCAGAUGAGGGAUUAGUACUGUAAUUCUGCACAUUUGCUCACCUUUCUCGAUGAUCUUAAAGCUGUAAAGGGGGUUCUCUGUUAUUGAAAGGAGUAUGCUAUGUAUCCAACAUGUUGUUUCAACAUUUUACUCAUACCAUAAGUGUCUGGAGAAUGGGACUGUGCCUGUUCCUUAAAGUCCUGUGUAUUUAAAAUAAUAGAAAACUGACAUUGUGAAAUGUACAAUGGUUACAGCACCAUUGUGUUUGUAGCCCUCACACCUCUGUUCACCUGGUUGUGAGGGAGGAUGCUUUUAAAAUACAAUGACAUUUUUUUAUGUUUUGUGAUGUCUAUUUUGAGUGAGAAUAUGUGUUGAAGUCAAAAGAAAUGAAUUUAUUUUUACCACAGCUUUUGUAAAUGUGCCAAAAUUAGUAAAAUGUAUAUUUGCUGCCACUUAAGACGUCAUAUCUAAAGUAUGUAAGCUAUAUAUGUAUUGAAAAUCAACUGUGUAAAGGUCAUUAUGUUUUUUUUUGUUUGUUUGUUUUUUUUUUUUUUAGAUAUAUGUUGUUUUUAAUAUGGUAGAAUGUUGAUGUUGUAUUUAAGGAUUUAAUAAAUUAAAAAGUAUGCACUCUGAAAA